AGUCAACCUCAACCUCGACCUCACUCCACGUCCCGUCCUCCAACACCCCAAACAUAAUAUCCCCUCUACUCCCCAACAACACCCUCUACUUAAUACAAAAUGGACAACCGCGCAAUACGUCUCCCACCAACAACCCGGCGCAACAUCUUCGCCUCGCACACCGCCCAAAACCCAGACCAGCGACAACAACCACAACACGCACCCGUACGUCGCCAAAACGGCGCCGCACCCUCGAUCCGCCCCGACAGCCGCGAAAUAGAAGCCGACAUCUUCAGUUCCUCCGCCGACGAAGAUUUCGUCGAGCGCGACGCCCUAGGCGAAUACAUAGUCAAGGCGCCAACGCCCGUGUACCGCGACAUGGGCGUCGGCAGCGAAGAGGACGACGAGACUGAGCAGGAGAAUCAAGUCAUCAAUCUCUACGGCAAGACGAAUGCGCAGUGGGAUAUGGAGGCUGUGGAAGAGGAGAUUCGGGCUGCGCUGAAGAGUAGCUUGAAGAAGAAGGUUGGCAGUUUGGAGGAUGAUAGGUGGAUGUUUGAGGGGGAGGGGGAGGGGAGGAAGUAGAUUCUGUGGUGUCUUGUUGGACGUGGAUGAGCGUAAUGGAAUGACGCAUUUAAUCGUAUGAUACCCCUGUAUACAUAGUUCGUUUCUGGGAAUUGAGGCAUGACUUUGUGAAUACGGUUGGGUAUGAGCUCUAAUGAUAUGAUCAGGGUGGGCCGCGCAUGUCGUCGUGAUACUUUUGUGUUGGAUUUAACGUUGAAAAGUGAUAUGUUGC